UUCUUUAUGUUUUAUUGCUUGCCUUCGUUUGGAUGAGAAGAACGUUUUUUUUUUUUACAUUCUGUUUGUUUGACCGCUUUUCCUGUUUCCUGAAGAAAAUGCGCAACAGAAGCCACAGGAGUUCUUCUUCGAAUCAGUCCAGUUCUUCUGAACGGCAGCCGGACCGAACCACCGUGGAUACCGAGGGGUGUUUGUCCGGCGCGACGCUGGAGGGUUUGCGAUCGGAGUGUAUGACAGUGUGGUUCGACCGCGUCGCGUACGAGAGAGCAGAGAGUCUUUACUACGUACGACUGUUGCAGCAGCAAAACGGCACGACCGCUCCUGCGAGUUCUAACGCAAAAAGAAACAAGCAAGAAACCUGCCGGCAUGGAGAGCAAGAGGCUUGUCAUCAUGUCGUUCAAGCUGCGUGGGUGAAUAAACCCAACUUUGACCAAGCUGAGAGCAAGUUUGUGGGCCGCGUUCCCAACCAACCGAGAUCUCUCCAACUGCAGCCGACCAACUGCGACGAAGGCUACCAAUCGCAAACACCGACUCCACCAACACCGGCUUCCAGACCAAUCAAUGGCCUCCCUUGCUUGCCACCGCCUCCAAUGGGGGUGUGGCUACAGAAACCUCUUUUUGAUCAAGCCGAGGCGACUUUCUAUCAGAAGCUGUAUGGCUGGAGCUCUCUACCGAGAAACGCUGAAACAAGCAGCGAUGAGUCCAACUCUAAGCGGCGGAAUAACACGCAAAAUAAACCUGUGGUUUGCGAUCGGCGUGAUUCCGACGACAUCACCACCAAUCAGGGAGCGGCGCGCUUCUAUUUCCUACAUGCCGACAGCGAGAGGGUGUGGCUAGAUCAUGGUCGUUAUGUGGAGGCGGAGACUCGUUUCUAUGAAGGAGCUGCGGCGAGAUCCGUCAAAACAUCUAUAAACCAUUGUACCCAGAAGCUGAAGAAGAUGACUGCAGUGGAGUGUUUGGUGCAGGAGAGGAUCUGGCUCGAUAAGCCACGUUAUGAUGAAGCCGAACGGCAAUUUUACGAGCGGAUGAACUGACCCACACAGCACAAACAAGACACUGGAGCUAACAGCAUCCUUCAGGACAUCGCUAGAGCACGAGAAAACAUCCAGAAAUCUCUUGCCGGGAGCGGUGGAGGCGGUGCUGCUGAUUACGGGGAGCUCACGGCUCGCAUGAAGAACCUAGAACUGGAGAACCAGAGUCUACACAAAGUGGUGGAGGAUCUGCGUUCUGCUCUCAGUAAGAUGGAGAGUCGCGUGUCAGCGCUGGAGAAGCGGUCGAUAACGCCAGCCGUUAAUGGAACCAGUCCCGCCCCUCCCCAGAAAGCCCCGCCCACUCCGGCGAAACAGGAGGAGGAAGAUGAGGAUGAAGAUGACAUCGACCUGUUCGGCAGCGAUGAAGAGCUGGACGAGGAGGCCGAUAGACUGAAAGAGCAACGACUAAAGGAAUACACCGCCAAAAAAGCCAAAAAACCUGCCCUCAUCGCAAAGUCAUCCAUCCUGUUAGACGUCAAACCGUGGGAUGACGAGACGGACAUGGCAAUGCUGGAGGAGUGUGUGCGGUCGGUGCAGGUGGAUGGGUUGCUGUGGGGGGCCUCCAAACUGGUUCCUGUGGGUUACGGCAUCAAGAAACUGCAGAUCAACUGCGUGGUGGAGGACGACAAGGUGGGAACAGACUUCCUGGAGGAGGAGAUCACCAAGUUUGAGGACUACGUUCAGAGUUUGGAUGUUGCUGCGUUCAACAAGAUCUAACACACACGAAAACAGUCACAUGCUACUGCAGCUGGAUCAAUAUCAGUUAAUAAAGCAGCUCAAAUUUA